UUUGACAAUUAGAUUGAAAAGUUGAAGUUUCAUUAAUCGAAUAUUGUCGUAUUCUAUUGUAUUUUUAAAUAUGUUGCGAUUAAGCAUAUUUCUCUUGUGCUCGACUGUGCUGAACAUGGCGAAUGGUUUUACUGAAAUAGUAGACACCAAAUCAGGCCCGAUUCGUGGUAGGGUGAAAAGUACAAUUUGGUACAAUAAACCAUAUUAUUCGUACAGAGGCAUCCCAUACGCCAAGCCUCCUGUUGGUGAACUUCGAUUUAAGGCACCAGAACCUGUAGAAAAAUGGACAGAAAUAAAAAACGCAUUUGAAUAUGGUAUUUGGUGCCCCCAACCCUCGAAAAAGGGUAAAGAAACCUCCGAAGAUUGUUUAACGCUCAAUGUUUUUGUGCCAAUUCUUGAGCAAAAAAAAAAGUUGCCAGUGGUAUUUUUUCUACCUGGUGGUAGUUUUGCGAGUGGAUCUGGUAGCGAUUUCAUUUAUGGACCGGAUUUUAUGAUGGAGAAUGAAGUUAUCUUAGUGACUGUAAACUUUCGACUCGGAAUAUUCGGUUUUUUGUCCUUGGGAACACCAGAAUAUUCGGGAAAUAUGGGAUUAAAAGACCAACAGCUUGCUAUGAAAUGGGCUUACGAUAAUAUCGAGUCGUUUGGUGGAGACAAUAAGAAAAUUACACUUAUGGGACUUAGCGUAGGGGCAAACUCUGCUGGUUUCCAUUUGCUCAAUAAUGAAUCAUCAAAAUGCUUCAACCAAAUUCUCCUCCUAAGUGGAGCACCAAAUAAAUAUCAUAACUAUCAGAAAGGCGACCAUAAAUGUUUGAUGAAGGAGCUUUACAAAAAACAUAACAAUGGCAAUCCCAGUGAUAAAACACUGAUCGAUUUUCUAAAAGAUGUAAAUGCCAGCGAAAUCGUCAAUUUUUUUCAAGAAACAUACGUACGGAAAUAUUCGGUGUGGACUCCCGUGGUUGAAAAACGAAGUUCAAUACGUCCAAUAAUUGUUGAUGAUCCAAUGACUGCACUAGAAAAAACAAAGAGUAUCAACAAAACUGCGUACUAUACGAUUACAAAAUAUGAAUAUUUAUCACUAUUUGAGAUCGGAGGAACAGAUUAUAAAGACCCAACUGCCGUGCGCAAUUUUAUCAAAGAUUUCAAUAUUGAUUUACCUAUUUUUGGUUAUAAAUCAAUAAUUGACAAAAAACCUGCAUAUCUUAAAAAUGUGAUGAAAGAACUCCACAAUUAUUACUUCAAAUUCAAUGAAUCAACUCCCGAUCAAGAGCUACUCAGACAACGUCUUAUGCUGGACUCAGAUCUCUACUAUGCAUAUACCAUAGAAAAAUGGAUGGAGCGGCAUGUUGCUAUUUCCAAAAAGGACACCUUUUACCAUCGAUUUUCACUUCAUACCAUAAUGAAUCCACAUCCAGAGUUCCCAAAAGAUUUUCCGAUUGCUGGUCAUGCAGAGGAACUUCCCUAUGCAUUUACAACCACCCUAUAUUUUUAUAACGCAAAAAAGGUAAUAGAAAAUAAGGACAUUGACCAAGAUCACGCAAAAGCUUUUAAAGCAAUGAAUAUGGUACAAAAACUAUACACGAACUUUAUAAAAUAUGGAAAACCAAUACAUAAUGAUGAUCUGAUGACUGAAGAAUUCAAACCAAUUGAACGUUCGAGCAAAGCAGAUGAAUUUGAUUUUGUCGAUGUGACGAAUUCUGGUUUAAUUGCAGGCAAAGGAUUGACUGAAGGCAGAACGAAGUUUUUGGACCAAAUUAUCGAGAAAGUGAAACAUUUGGUUGAAAGCCAUGGAGAUGUCCCGAAAAAAACACAAAUUGAGCAGCUACACGACAUGAAGUACCCCAAAUAAACUUGAUAAAAUACAACUCACACUUUUUAGUCUAUAGACAUUUAUCAGCGAUUGAAAUACAAUUUGUAAUUGCAAUGGUAAUACGUCAUUAAAUGUUCAGUUAAAGAGAAAUAAAUAAGAAAAUGUCAAAUAUUA